AUGCUAUCUCAGGGAGAAAUACUAAGGAAUCCGUCCAGAACAAGGCUUCAGAGGCCUCCAAAAAGUAGGUCUGAGAGGAAAGGAUGGUGGUAUAGGGUCACUAUAUUUCUAACCUGCCUUAUUCCAAAUUUUAUGCUGAGGUGUUUUGGAAUGACAACGCCAGAGGUCCAGCAUGCAUGGAGAGAAAAGGUGGCUCUGUGCAUCUGUAUAUUUUUCUGCUGGAUUAUACUGGGCUUUACGACCUAUGGAAUGAACACCAUUAUUUGUAAGGGAAGUAAUCAAUAUGUUGCAUCGAGACUCAAGAGAGAUGCAUUCGAUGGAAAUACUGUUAUAGCAAAUGGCGGGAUCUACUAUACGGAUGAUGAAUAUGCUUUUGGGGAAAACCACACAUAUGCAUUUGAAAAGAAAAGCGGUGCAUGUAAGCUUGCGUUUGGAAGACAGCUCCCUAGUGGAGAUGAAGACAUUGAUGAUUUGGAGAGAAUAAACGAUAUCUACUGGGAUUGGGGGGAUAUAAUGAGUAAAGGGAUGAUAGUUGUUGGCAACAAGGUUUACGACCCAUCAUAUUGCACAGAGCCUUUGUUUGAAGAGUUCAAUCGGAAGUAUGCUGGAACAGAGGGAAAACCUGAUUUCGACACGGAUGAAUGGAGGUGCUAUGAGGACAUGUUUUAUGCUGGGAAGGUUGCCACAAAGACACCUGGGUGUCUUCUUGCGGAUACGAUGUUCUGGAUCACAACCAUUUCGAUUUUUGGGCUGAUUAUUACAAAGUUCUUACUGGGAUUUUUCUACUCCUGGUAUGCGAAGAGAAGGCCGAAACCCAGCCCAAAGAUAACGCCCUGCAUAUUGCUAGUAACAUGCUAUAGUGAAGGCAAAGACGGGAUAAAAAACACUCUGGACAGUCUUUGCAAGCAGGAUUAUGGAUACGACUACAAGUUGAUUGUAGUGAUCUGUGAUGGAAAUAUAACUGGGUCUGGGAAUAGCAUGAGCACUCCGGAUAUAGUUUUGGGUCUGUCUGAUGUGGACAGAAGGGCAGAGCCCAAGGGUUACAUAUCUCUUACCCAUGGAACCAAGCGCUAUAACCGAGCCAAAGUGCAUGCGGGAUACUAUCAUGUGAGGGAGGAGAAAAAGAGUAGGCGAUACAGAUGCUGGCCUUGCUUUGGAAGGCAGGCAGACUCCAGUGAAGUUGAGAAUUAUAAGACAAGGAUUCUUGUAAUCAAUAAGUGUGGAAAUCCCUCGGAGACAUUCAAAGCUGGAAACAGAGGAAAGAGAGAUAGCCAGGUAAUCUUGAUGUCGUUUUUUUCGAAGUUAAUUUAUGGAGACAGAAUGACGGAGCUGGAUUUUGAGAUCUACCAAAAGAUGAAAUUUUUAAUGCCUCACAUUGAGCCGGAGGACUUUGAAUGUAUACUGAUGGUUGAUGCAGACACGAUAGUUAAGCCUGAUGCUCUUUCGAUUAUGGUGAAUGUAUUUGAAACGGACCAGAAGGUUAUAGGGAUGUGUGGAGAGACGAUGAUCCUGAAUAAGUUUGAGAGCUGGGUUACCAUGAUACAAGUUUUUGAAUACUAUAUCAGUCACCAUCUUAGCAAAGCAUUUGAGUCUGUGUUUGGUGGUGUUACGUGUCUUCCGGGGUGCUUCUGCAUGUAUAGAAUAAAGAUAGUUACGAACCAACAAGGACAGCUGUUGUCGGGGCCGUCAAAGUCUCGAGCAAGUGUACCGAGAUUUAGCAGCAUGAAGUCCAUUCUGAGCUCGUCUUUGGAAAAGAGCCUCUGCCUUCCCAUUCUGGCAAACCCUGCGAUCAUAAAUGCCUACUCGGUUCUUGAGGUAAAGACUCUGCACCAAAAGAAUCUUUUGCAUUUGGGAGAAGAUAGGUAUUUAACAACCCUAUUGCUGAAGACUUUCUAUAGGAGGAAGCUUGUGUUUAUUCCAGCUGCCAAAUGCGAAACAUAUGUUCCCGGGGAAUUCAGUGUUCUUCUUAGUCAAAGGAGAAGAUGGAUCAACUCGACUAUACACAACUUGUUUGAGUUGGUCCAGGUCAACAACCUGUGCGGAGCCUUCUGCUUUUCGAUGCAGCUUGUUGUGGUGAUGGAACUGUUUGGAACGCUGGUGUUGCCGGCUGCUAUAAUUUUUACAUUUGUUAUGAUUGCUGUUUCGAUCUUGAUUGAGCCUGCAUGGGUUCCUUUGAUCAUGCUGGUCGGCAUUUUUGGUCUUCCUGCUGUACUGAUAUUGAUUACUACGAUGGAGAUCCAGUAUGUGUUUUGGUGCUUGGUUUACAUACUGUCUAUUCCGAUCUGGAACUUUGUCCUUCCCACGUAUGCCUUCUGGCAUUUCGAUAACUUCAGCUGGGGAGAUACCAGAAAAGUUGAUGGGGAGGGAAAGGAGGAUGAGGAGGGUGAAUUCGACCACACAAAGAUCAGAAUCCGAGAGCUUGAAGAGUUUCUUAGUGAAGCAAAUAAAUGA